AUGCUGACUAUUUCACCGUUGAAUCAUUGUAACAGUGCAAAGCAGAGAAUGGCACCACAGCAGAGUCCAGCACCUUCCCUCAUCGACCAGACCAUCAAGAUGAGGAAGGAGACUGAAGCCCGGAAAGCAGUCUUGGCCUGGGGACUCCUUAAUGUGUCUGUUGCAGGCAUGAUAUAUACUGAAAUGACUGGAAAACUUAUCAGCUCGUACUACAACAUCACCUACUGGCCGCUCUGGUAUAUUGAACUUGCACUUGCGUCUCUGUUCAUCUUGAAUGCCUUAUUUGAUUUCUGGAGGUACUUCAAAUACACAGUGGCACCGACGAGCUUGGUCAUGAGUCCUCGCCAGCAGAUCCUGCUGGGGUUGCAGAAUAUGGCUGUACAAACAACGCCACCACAUGAGCUGGCAGCAGAGAAAGUCCUGUCUUUGACGCCUUCUCCGAUCCAGGGUCAGAGCGUGCUGAAUUACAGCCCGUUCCGCUCCUCCAGUGCCAGCCCAAAGUUUGCUACCAGUUACAUCACAGGGUACAGCCCUCAGUUCCAGGCUGUGUCGAGCAGCGGCGUUGUAACCUACUCACCGAGCAGCAGCCACAGUAAGGUUUCUGGCUUCAGCCCCUCUCCUGGUGGGUCACAGCACCCCACGAAUAUUGGACCAAUGGAAAGCGGCGGGCUGAGGUCUCGUUACCGCACUUCAAUGUAUAAUUCUCCUGCUGACAAAGACGACUUUUUGACAGACCUCAAGUCGCUGGACAACUUCCUUCGAAAUGAAGAAGAGAAACAGCACAGAGUUCAAAUAGGAAGUUCAGAUUCCAGCUCUCCUUCCGGCAGCCCAACUUUUUGGAACUACAGCCGUUCCAUGGCAGACUGCGCACAGAUGCUGAGGAAGUUCCAGUAUCAGCUGGCUUGCAGGUCCCAGGCUCCAUCCCUACACAAGCACGAAGCUGAUCUGAGCUCAAAACAAGCUGCAGAAGAGGUCUGGGCACGGGUGACAAUGAACCGACAGGUCCUUGAUCACAUGGAUUCCUGGACCGCCAAGCUCAGAAAUUGGAUUCAUGGGACUAUCCUCGUGCCGUUUGUCCAAGAGAUGGAGGCUGUGAGCACUCAGCUGAGAAGAAUGGGCUGUCCGGAGCUGCAGAUCGGCGAAGCCAGCAUCAGCAGCCUGAAGCAGGCAGCGCUCGUGAAAGCUCCGCUCAUCCCAACCCUGAACGCUGUAGUGCAGUACUUGGAUCUUACACCCAACCAGGAGUAUUUGGUGGAACGGAUCAAAGAGCUUUCCCAGGGAGGAUGCAUGAGUUCCUUCUGCUGGAACAGAGGAGGAGAUUUCAAAGGCCGCAAGUGGGACACCGACUUGCCCACCGACUCCUCUAUCAUUAUGCACAUUUUCUGCACUUACCUCGACUCCCGGCUGCCACCUCACCCCAAAUAUCCCGAUGGCAAAACCUUCACUUCCCAGCACUUCAUUCAGACUCCAGAUAAACCAGACACUUCAAACGGAAACGUGUUCUGCAUCUACCAGAACAGCAUCAACCCACCCCACUACGCGCUCAUCUACCAGCGCCACGUCUACAACCUGCCCAAGGGCAGAAACAACAUGUUCCAUACCUUGCUGAUGUUUCUGUAUAUCAUAAAGACCAAAGAAUCCGGGAUGCUGGGGCGUGUAAAUCUGGGUUUAUCGGGAGUCAACAUUCUGUGGAUUUUCGGAGAGUAG